GGGACGCUUAUUUUCGGAUAUUACAUGUUAAUUCUUAUUCUUACAUACCUCUUAAUCGUGAUGAACACGUUGCCAGUUACAUAGAUAAUAAAAUAUUUUUUCUUGGUGGAGAAACCGACACACAAGAUCUUACCAAUGACUUCUUUUUCUUAGAUGUCUCAAUACCUUUUAACACCUCUUCUUUACCGAUGUAUGAUUUAAAUAGCAUUACACAAAUUCCAUAUAAUAGAAGGGCAUCUUCAGUUGUAUGCGAAACUAUGAAUGAUACAAUCUUCGUAUGGGGAGGAGAUCUUUGUUUAAAUUGUUCAUCCCCUUUAAUGUUUGCUUUUAACACUACAGCAAAAGUAUGGAAUGCUGCAAACGAUAAAGGAAUUAAACCUUCAAGGCGAAGAUUUUCAUCAGUAGUCUGUGAUAAAAAUGCAAAAAUUUAUAUCCUAGAUGGUACUUUUGACCAAAUUGUUGGGAAUAUCACAACUUAUAAUUAUAGUAAUGAAUUGGAUAUUUUUGAUACAUUACAACUAACUUGGUCACGAGGAAGUAAUUUGAAUGCACCAGUUCCCCACGAUGUAGGGACAGCUACUUUAUUGCCUAAUGGAAUGAUCGUAUAUAUUGGGGGAUCAAAUGCGUAUGGACAAUAUCUUGGACUAACACAGAACACGACAGGUGCCUCACCGACAGCUAGAGGUUUUCAUACAGCAGUUUUAACACGACAAGGUCAUAUAGUUGUUUAUGGAGGUUGGUUUUAUAAUGGCACUGGAUCUUCUCGUAGCAAUAGAAUUAUUAUGCUUAAUGUAAACGAUUCAAAUAAUUAUGUGUGGGUAUCUUCUUUCACUCCACCUUCGGUUUUAUCAACAACUUUUCAACCAGUAGCAUAUACAAGUUCGACAGAAUCGAACACUGAUAACAAAAAUAAUAUUGUUAUAAUCGGAAUUGUAGUUGGUGCUGUUAGUAUAAUAACAAUUUCUGGUGCUAUUUUCUUGUUUUAUCGUCGGUAUAAAGAUCGAAAAGACAUUAACGUCAUACCUAGUGAUGAUGCAUUUAAGAGAUCAAAGAACUUCAUACGUAGUGAUGACGUAUUUAAGAGAUAA